CGAAACAAAAGAAAAAUAAAAUGAACUCUAAGGUCUUGUAUCUAUUGAUAGUUGUGUUGGUAGCUGUGACGUCAUCAUCAGCCCACGAACACGCUCAUUCGUCUCAGCAUAUUUACAAGCACGAAGGUCAUCAUAUUCCUGUGCAUAUUCACGAUAAGCAUCACCAUCAUCACCACGUCGACUACUAUACUCAUCCGAAGUACAAGUUUGCCUAUGAGGUGAAGGACAAGCACACCGGCGACCACAAGUCUCACCACGAGCACCGCGACGGUGACAGCGUCAAAGGAGAGUACUCCCUGCACGAACCUGAUGGUACCGUCAGACAUGUCCACUAUCAUGCUGACAAACACACCGGGUUCCACGCCGACGUAAAGCACAGCACUCAUCACAUCGUUCCUAAGAAGCAUCAUCAUCACUGA